AUGAGACUACAGCGCUUCGAAGCCCAUACAGUCCUCAUGAUGCCCUUGUUUUGGGGUGUGGGUGUGACCCUCGUGCUGGUACAUACUGUUGACUACUACUACUACUACUACUACUACUACUACUACUACUACUACUACUACUACUACUACUACUACUACUACUACUACUACUACUACUACUACUACUACUACUACUACUACUACUACUACUACUACUACUACUACUACUACUACUACUACUACUACUACUACUACUACUACUACUACGUCUAUUCUAGCCUGUUCUAA